GCUCGAUACCCAGACCUGGAAAGCAAGCCUUGAGACUUGCUCGCAUAAAAGGAGCCACAACAUUCAUUGAUUUUUGAAGCCCCACAUGGCCAGAGGUGGAAUCCCAGACACUCGCGCCUCGAAGAACCCCGCAUUUGUCAGAGAUGCAUCAUCUUCAGUUCGACGCCUCUUUGGCUGCUGCAUCCGUGAUAGCAGUUAAGAACCUGUAUAUAUACAGCCGCUGCCAGUCCGGCGUUGCUAGGUAAAUCAAUCCACUCUAAAACAACCCGUUGUCUGCGCCUAAAGGAACCCGAGAACCCUCCAAAUCUAGAUUCUACCGUUCCACGCCUUAAACACACAGCCAUGGCGGAUCCUCCAAGUGACAUGUUUGUCAAGAAAGCACAGUUUACAAAAACUGUGUACCGAGAUGUUUACCCCACCGUUGACCCCACAAAUCCAGCAAACAGUAUGGCUGGAAAAGUCAUCGUCAUAACUGGACCUAGCAAGGGGCUUGGAAGACUUGCUUUUGUGAAAUCAUUUGCGAAGGCAGUACCCAAAGCUAUGGUACUUGUAUCUCGAAAUGAAGCUGGCCUUGAGGAGGUGAAGGAUGAGAUCCAUGCUAUCAACAAAGAUGUUCUGGUGGAAAUCGUAACUACUGAUAUCAAGAAUGCUGAAUCCGUCGCAUCUUUCUGGGAGAAAGUCAAAGAGAAGUUUGGCCAUGCAGAUGUCCUCGUCAAUAAUGCCGCAGUUAUUUCAGGGGGGACCAUUGUGGAGCAACCACUUGACUCCUGGUGGAAUGACUUCGAAACAAACGUGAAAGGGACGUUUCUCGUCACCCAAGGAUUCCUGAAACUCCUGGGGAAGGAAAAGAAAGGAGCAAUCAUCAGUCUCACCACUUUUGCAGCCCAUAUGCCCUUCCCAGGUCUAUCAGCCUACUCGAUUUCAAAGUUAGCUCUCACGCAACUUCAAGCUUUUAUCGCUGUUGAGAACCCAAAUGUCACAGCGGUUGCCGUACAUCCAGGUCUCAUCCUUACCAACGCAACACUCAACUACUUCAAACCGUUUGCAAAAGAUAGCCCGGAGCUCCUUGGUGGUCUUGGUGUGUGGCUGGCAACGGAAAAUGCUACGUUCCUAAGUGGGAAGUACGUCGAGGUCAAUUGGUCCGUUGAUGAAUUAAUGGAGCGAAAAGACGAAAUUGUCAAGGAGGGGAAACUUUCAAUCGGCAUUAAGGGAGAGUUUGGAAGCGAGCGAUUUGAAUAA